GCAGUCUUCCACACGUCUGACGCGCAUCCGAAAAGCCGAAAACAAAAAUAAUAACGAAGAUUUCAGAGAGCAAAUCACCGGGAGAGAUCUGAAGAACGAGAUCACCGCCUUCUUCUUAGAAGCCAAAAAGCUUCAGACUUUUUCUUUGGGGUCACAGUAAUGGCUGGGUACAGAGCUGAGGAUGACUACGACUACCUCUUCAAGUUGGUGCUGAUCGGCGACUCCGGCGUCGGCAAGUCCAACUUGCUGUCGAGGUUCACCAGGAACGAGUUCAGCCUCGAGUCCAAGUCCACCAUCGGAGUCGAGUUCGCCACCCGCAGCUUGGAUGUCGACGGCAAAGUCAUCAAGGCCCAGAUUUGGGACACUGCUGGCCAAGAACGGUACCGAGCGAUAACAAGUGCUUACUAUCGAGGGGCUGUUGGUGCACUACUUGUGUACGAUGUCACUCGGAAUUCAACAUUUGAAAGUGUGGAAAGGUGGUUAAAGGAGUUAAGAGACCAUACUGAUCCCAACAUUGUUGUCAUGCUUGUUGGUAACAAAUCAGAUCUUCGUCACCUUGUGGCAGUCUCAACUGAGGACGGAAAAUCCUUUGCCGAGAGGGAGUCUCUCUACUUCAUGGAAACUUCUGCACUCGAAGCGACCAAUGUGGACAAUGCAUUUUCUGAAGUCCUCACCCAGAUCUUUCGCAUUGUGAGCAGGAAGGCCAUGGAGGCUGGCGAUGGAGCUGCUUCGACCGUUCCUCAAGGAGAGAAAAUCGACAUCAGUAAAGAUGUUUCAGCUGUGAAGAAAGCUGGAUGUUGCUCAAGCUAGGGACCGAAUCUGCACUGGAUGUAGCUGGUUUCUGUUACGACAUGAUCUGUUAUUCCCUCUACUGGGUUGUGUAAAAAAAAAUCUCGGAAAUUCUGCCGGCGUUAGGAGAUAGGCAGGCGGGGUUCGGUGUUUACUUCCAUUGUCGUUAUCAUUAAUUAUCCAAGACAAAUAUGUUUAGCCGAUCAAGAGGAGCUUGUAACAAGAUAUUACAUGUUACUUUUCACAUAGGUUUUCGCCAAUUCGGCAUUCCGAGAUUAUAUUCUUGAGACGAAUUAAUUGAAAUUGUUCAUUCAA